GAUGAAAAACGACCGCUCUCGAGGUCCACGACGAACGCUCUUGGGAUCUCACACAGCAGCACUAUCUACUACCUGACUGCGAUUCAGAAAUACUCCAGCUAUGUCUUCUCGGCGUUCGGCGCGAUGCACAUCGUCAACACCUCCAUCAUGCCACUCAUCACGCAGAGUGUCCCGGCCAGCGAGAAAUACAUGCUCCUCACACGACCUUACUAUGGCAGUCCGCUCGCCGAGCCCUUAGUCGUGAUUAUCCCGAUAUACGCACAUGUCCUUUCUGGUAUGGCUCUCAGGAUCUACCGACGAAAUCUGAACGCGAGAAGAUUUGGAGAAUCCUAUUCUGCCGAGAAUCAGAAGAGCUUCUGGGUGAAAUUUUGGCCUCAUCUUUCGGCGGUGAGCAAACUCGGAUACCAAUUCGUGCCGCUAUUGGCCGGGCACAUGGUCAUCAAUCGGUUGAUUCCCCGAAUCUAUAACGGUUCCAGCAUCGACCUUGGUUAUGUUAGUCAUGCGUUCGCAAAGCAUCCGGCCGUCUCGUUCGCUGGGUUUGCGGCCCUCAUCGGCAUCGGCUCCUUUCACAUGACUUGGGGUUGGGCGAAGUGGUUGAAGUACACACCUGUCCAAGCGACGGGCACGGGUGCCGAACGCGAGCUGAGAAAGAAGAGGAGGCGAUAUAUCAUCAAUGGCAUUGCUGCGGCGGUGACUAGUCUCUGGAUGGCGGGUAGCUUUGGUGUUGUCGCCAAGGGCGGCGCUGCUCCGGGAUGGAUCGGGAAGCAAUACGACGAGAUUUACCGGAUGAUCCCGAUGGUUGGGAAG